GCAGUAGAAUGCUUGGUGCUAUUCUUCUAUUUUUAAAUUACGUAGAAGGGGAUUGGGUUGAAAUAGCGCCCGUUCGUAAUGGAAAAAAUUCAUCGAUAAUAAGUACACCUUCGUUUUACCACACUACUCCAGAUUACGAAUCCAUAAUGAGAGCUCCCGUUUCUACUAACGUUGUAAUUACAACUCCUGCUUACGAGAAUUACGAAGAUCAUACGUUUAUUGAGAAACAGUUUAUGGAAAACAAUGUUUAUAGCAAACAGAGUUUAUUCAGCGAAGGGCACAAGAGCGACUUGCCGGUCGGUGGAUUUUUCGCUUUCCUUCAAAUAAUUCAAGAGAACUUAUUGAAAUCAGCUUCGCACGGAAACAAAAUUUCUGUUCUAAAAAAUCUACGAGACACAUUACUGAGUAACCUGUAUACCCACAUUUCAAUUUUAUGGAAAAAUCCUAAAGGGAAUCCCCGAGCGCGAGGUUUGAAAGACGACGAUCACGAAAUGGAUUUUCCAUCAAAUGAAGGAGCUUUAAUGACGAUAGGAUUUCUUACCUUCGGCGUAUUUUUAAUUAAAUUAGUAAUUAAACUGGUUCAAGCUCUCAAGUCCAAAUACGCCAAUUCAGUCACAACGACGACCACGACUGCUGCAACGCUGGUCUUUUUAAAAAGGAAAAAACGCGAAGAAUUUACCGAAAAAACAGCUAAAAUAACAGCAUUUAUUGAUGAAUUGCCUUAUUAAAUGGAUCUUCAUACCAUAUCAGCUCAUUUUCAAACAUUAAAUUAAACUUUAUAAGCAUCCAACAGUAAUAAAUUUAUUUUAUUUAUUUUGCAUUAA